CUACUUUGUGCUGUCUAUAUAUAUAUUUGCAGCAGAUACCCUCACGCUUCACACUUCUCUGAUAUUUCUGCGAUACAGACAAAUAGAAAGAAAGAAAUGGCAAUCAUUGCUGUUUCAGCGCCAAGAGGGGCUCGAUUCUCUUGCUUUAAUACUAACCCUCUUCCUCAGUUACCAAUUCCAAGCAGGAGAUCAAGUAAGCUCAAUUUUCGCUCAAAGGGUUUUACCCCUUUUGCCCGAUAUGCUCAAACACAGCAGGAUCUUUUCUCUUCUCGUCUCCAAGAUAGUAUUGAAAACUUGCCCAAACUGGUGGAGGAUAUUGUUCAGACAUCUAUCAACACCGGUCCACGGGGAGCCCUAAGGUUAGCUCAGGGCGUUCAAGCAUUUCUUGGAGGUGGUGGCGAAUGGCUGGCAGAUGUAUCGAAGGAUGUGGAUGUCAUGGCCUUUGCCAAAGACCUGGACAAGAUAUUUUCAUCAAUACAGGAUUUGGAUACUGAAUUAAUUGUUGCAACUGCCAGGGAUACAACUACAAAUGCAACCGCUGUAUCUGCCAAUGCAGUUGUUGAUGAGAGGCAAUUGAAUGCACUUUUUCUUGAUGUGAAAGUUUCCGAAGUAUUUGGUAAGGGUAAUUACAAAUACCUAGAAUUGGAUGGGGAAGCUCAAUCUUGGAAAAACCAGAGAAUGGUGGUAGCCCGAGGAAAAGCGAAUUCAGAAAGGAAUGGUGUGGAUUUUGACAGUGAUGAAGAGAAUGGGAAUGGAGGAGGGGGAGGAGAUCAGGAACCGUUUGAUUGGGAAAAGGAGAUGAGGAAGAGAGUGAAGGAGAUUGAAGAGAGGAGAGAGUUGGUGAAGAAAGCUGAGGAGUUGCAGAACAGAAUAUUUGAUGAUAAUAGCCAAGAAGAAAAAGAAGAGAGCGAGGAAGAGAAGAAGGAGAGAGUGAGAAAAGAGCUCGAAAAGGUGGCCAUGGAACAGGCAGAGAGAAGAAAGACAGCUGAAUUGAUGUUCGAAUUAGGGCAAAAAGCUUAUGGAAAAGGCAUGUACGUAAGGGCUAUUGAGUUUCUUGAAGCCUCACUUACGAUCAUUCCAAGGUCGACACUGUUUGGUGGUGAGAUACAAAUAUGGCUGGCUAUGGCUUAUGAGGCUAAUAAUCGACAUGCUGACUGCAUUGCUCUUUACAAGCAAUUGGAAAUGAAGCACCCUAGUAUUAGCAUUCGACGUCAAGCUGCAAAUCUUCGAUAUAUAUUGCAGGCACCUAAGCUUAAGAUAUCCCAGGAGGAGAUGGUCACCAUUCCACUCAUUGGUUCAACAUAUGACAGGUUUCCUCACAAUGGUAGACUGCUUUCCUGGAAUUUCCACAUCAAACUUGGCCAUGCUGUGGUGUGUCUAGCUCUAGAUGGUCCAGACUUGGACUUGAUGGAAGCUAGCUGUGUAUCUUUGCAGGGUUAUCACCCAUUUGCAGGCUUUAGUGAUAUUGGUGAUGUCAUUUCUUGGUUCUGGAUGCUAGCUGUGUAGCUUUGCAGGGUUAUCACCUAUUUGCCUUGCUUUAGUGAUGUUUUGUAAUUGGUGAUAUCAUUUUAGGUCAUGGUUUUAUAGAGAUUAAUAAGCAUUAGGCUUCUCCAGAAUGUGAAAAUCGGUGGAAAGAAUUGUAAUUAUAAUUGAUCUUAAAUAAUGGAUGAUGUAGCUGUCUUGAGGAAUUUUUUGU